UAACCGAGUUCAGAAUAGAGGAAGAGCGACAGUGCGGGUGGAAGGAAGGAGUUACGUUUCCUAUACCACCUCGCUACCUGCAACUCCACCAUUCCUUACGCCGGCCGGGUACGCCAUACUAUUAAAUCAUUUCUAGAAUACCAUUUUUAUUAUAUAAUAAUAAUAAUAAUAAUAAUAAUCUAGUUGUUGCACAAUUAAAUUCUCAUUUUGUUUCGCUCUCAUCUACAAAUUAAAGAAUCUUGAACAUAUAUUAAACUAUAUACUUACAAAAUUUGUAAUAAAUUAACAUUUGAAUAACAUAUACUAGUAUUGCAUUCAAGUAUAUGAAAUUACUUUCGUUUAUCUAAAUGAGAAGUAAUAUUGAGAUGUUAAAACUCUUAGAAGUAAUAUUAUUUUGACAUAUCUAAAUAAGAAAAAAAAUACUCCAUUCGUCACAAGUUGUUUUGCAAAAUCAACAUUUUUUGGUCAACUAAUAAAAAAAGUCAAUGUUCUCUAUUGAUAAUUACUUCAAUUUUAAUAAUUAAAAUUUAUAUAUUCAGAAAUUACAUUAAAAUUCUUCAAAGUUGUAAGCUCCAAAUUAGAAUAUAAUUAAAAUUUGACAUUUUAAUUAAGCGAAUAAAAUGAAACUGUUUGAUUAAGAAAAGUCAAAUUUGCAAAUCAAUUUGGAACGUAGGUAGUAAUAAAAUUUCGUGGAGGGAGAAGUAUAGCUCUCACUAAGUCUCUCCUUAGUGAGGGGUAUUGUAUUCAAAUUCAAAUCUAAUCAAAUGGGGAUGAGAGGGAUUUUGCUCUCUAUGAUUCUCAUAUUUUUACGGGAAAAGAGACGAUUUAGCCUUGAUUAAUACGGAGUAGUGAGCAAGACUUAUUGUGAUCAACUUGAGAUGCUCUGAAGGAUAUGCACCAAGAUUUGAAAAACAAAAUGGAUAAACAAAUAUAGUUGGGUGACAACUCUGACAAGAAACGAACUUUAUAAUCCAAAAUCUUUCAAGAGGUUGAAUUCCAACUCUAAAGGCCGCACACCUCGACCCGACAAAACUUUUGAGAGAUUAUCACAAAACUCUAAAGGCUCGUAGAUCUCUAGGCAUCUUUAUUCUCCACUCUUUGUUAAACAUUGCAUCAUACACAAUCUUAUAAAACAAGGUGUAGGCAUUUUUUUUCUUAGAAAACAAACGCACGUCUUACAUAAGUCGAACGGACCCGAAGGAAGGUGGGCGGGCCAGAUGACCAGUCCGCGUGUGUAAGGUUCAUGCAUCUUUAUCCGGCCGCUCUCUUUUCCAAAAGUUGCAGAGAAAGUGAUCAGAGGGUACGCAGAAAAAACAACUUCCAACAAAACCAGCAGCCCACACCUUCAACAUUAACACACUUGAAGACCGCCUUCUCUGCUUCUCUAUUCCCCGAAUCUUCCACUCCACGUCUCCACCUCCAAACACCGAUCACCUGCCAUUUCUCUCCAGGGAAGGACUUUUCUGUUAAUGGAUGUAGAGCCUGCCUACAGAGUGGAGAAUAAAAAUGUCGUCCAGGGGAUGAAAGGUGCGCUGUGGCCGUUGGAUGAAAUAGAUCCAAAGAACGGAAAGUUCCCAUGUUGUUUGGUUUGGACUCCCCUUCCAGUGGUGUCGUGGUUGGCUCCUUUUAUUGGUCAUGUCGGGCUGUGCAGGGAGGAUGGGGCAGUGAUUGACUUUACGGGUUCCGGCUUUAUCAAUGUUAACGACUUCGCAUAUGGCGCUGUGGCGAAAUACCUUCAACUAGACAGAGAUCAGUGUUGUUUCCCGCCGAACCUUGCGGGGCAUUCGUGCAUUCAUCGGUACAAACAUGCAGAGUUUGGAACAGCUAUUAGCUGGGACGACACGAUCCACUCCGGCAUCCGCCAAUUCGAGCACAAAUCGUACAACCUCUUCACAUGCAACAGCCACUCCUUCAUUGCCAACUGCCUGAACAGGAUGUGCUACAAGGGAUCAAUGAAUUGGAACAUGAUCAAUGUCGCGGCCCUUGUUUUGCUGAAGGGGCGAUGGGUCAACCUCCUCUCAGUCGUGAGGGCAUUUUUCCCUUUUGUGUUUGUAGCUUGUUUGGGCAUUUUUAUGGUCGGGUGGCCUUUUUUUGUUGCCUUGUUUUCGUUUUCAUUUCUCAUUCUUGUAUGGUUUGUUUUGGGCACAUACUUCUUCAAAAACAUAUUGGAAGACUAAAAUGAAACAGAAAUUCAUUUUAUUUCUCCUGACUUCUACUGUGACUAAACAUCAUACCUCGACACAUCCAAACAUGUAAUCCUCUACUCCAAUAAAAACAGCUAUUCAUUUUCUUUCUCCCC